AGAUACUGAGACUAGGUGCCCGGUUACCGUGUACAUAGACACUCUGAUUAUAGAAAGAGUAUAUUUAAAAAAGGGAGUAAGUUAGUAGUACUUGUCCUCGUCCUUGCCUAGGUUAGGGCUGUUGUUGUAGGGUUGGUAUCUCAGUCCAGCAACAGCUGCACUCUCACUCGUCUGUCCAGUUAUAUGACAUUUCUGAUAUAGGCCUUAAAGAUUGUCAGAGCUUAGCUGAAGCGGUCAAUUGACCUAGAACUACUGUUCUGUUCAGGGCUGUCAGACAUUGCAGGAAACAACAAUGACAGAUCUUAGAUAUCCCCUUCAUGCAGCUGCUAGAGAAGGGCGCCAUGAUGACCUGAAAAGUCUUCUGCUCUGUGGACUGCACGAUGUGAACGAAGCCACCUUUGAGUUAGUUCGCCCCCUGCAUGAGGCGUGUUUUUGUGGGCAGUAUGAAUGUGCUGCUCUUCUUAUUGAACAUGGAGCUAAUGUAAAUUUGUCGAACAUUGAUGGUGGUACUGCUCUGUGUGAUGCAUGUUGCAAUGGAAAUCUGAAAAUUAUUGAGCUCUUACUCAAUAGUGGUGCAAAUGUCAAUCCACCUUUUCUGAUGACUACUCCUGUCCACGAAGCUGUUUUCAGGGACAACUGGAAGUGUUUGGAGCUGCUAUCAAAGCAUGGAGCAUUAUUGGAUAAAAAUGAUUGUCAUUAUGGCACACCUCUUCAUGUUGCUGCAUACAAAGGCUACAUUAAGAGUGCUGAAGCCCUCUUGAAAGCCGGAGCCAGUCCAAAUGUGUCAAAAACUCAUCAGACUCCACUGCAUGAAGCAGCCCGCAGCCAGGACUUGCCGCUUGUUCACAUGCUGCUGGAGCAUGGCGCCGAUGUGUACGCUCGUGACAGUCAGGGUUGCACGGCCAGGCAGUUAGUUCCCUGUAGCACCUCACUUUGUAAACUGUACCUGCAGGAGUGGGAGAGAACGCCCAAAACCUUGAGGUUUCACUGCAGGAUGGUCAUACGCAGAGCGGUAGAUGUUAAGAAACUCAAGUGCCCGAUGCAACUCAACUUACCCAAAAUUUUGGUUAGAUUUCUGCAGUUUGAAUAAGAGAUUAUCUGCUGGAGUUCUUUUGUAUUGCUUCUCUAUUUUGAAUGAUGUGAUCCCAGUGAUGCCCCUCAUAUUUUCUAGGAGUGGUCAUUAUCAGACAACCAUGUGAUGUAACAGUGUAAUCAUUCUUGGUAAUCUCAGUCUUUGUUACCUCUCCUACAGGGCUUGUCCUGUCAAUACAUUGACCACUUUGCUCUCUGCGGUCCUGGUGCAGUUGAAUAGAGUUGCAUUUCUUGCCUUUACACGGAAUUGUGAACUUUGGAACUAUGUCCAGCAUUUGUGGUGUAGUGGUUUGGCACAUUUUCUUUGCACAAAGGGGGCUUGGGUUUGAGUCCCUUGUGGGGAGAAUUUUUGUUGAGUAUCCCGUUUUUUUUGCUGGGACAUUGUAUCCCUCUUAGCUCGCGUUGUCUCUGACAGGCAGGGUUGAAGCUUGCCUUUAUAAUGAGCUGAAUUGUGUCUAUGAGGUCGUAAAACUACAUUUUUUAAAAUAACUCCUUCUAUUAGAGAUCCUCGUGAGUAUGCAGGUGACAGGACAGCAAUGGAAAUGGAGCUUUCUGUGACACCCUUAUUGAGAUUGUAAAGGAUACCAGUGCUAAGCCCUGUUCUUUUAUUGACAGGGAAAUGUGCGUCUCAUUUUUUUGUUUUCCUGCCUUAUUUUGAUUAAUCUAUGUUCUGCAAACAAAAGCUGAGGGGCAUAUCCUUAAAAAGGGCUUGAGUUCCUGACCCUCUCUGGUCUUGACUAUGUUUUUGUCAUGGGUUAGGAUACAAUAACAAGAUUUUGUAAUUAUUGAAGCUCCAGUCCAAAACUGGUUAUAUAUCAUAAAACUUUAAAUUACUGAAUCAUUUUGAACAGCUGUCCUUUCCUGUUCCUUUUUACUGAUGCCAUAUGUUUUGAAAACAGGUGGCUCUUUGCUGUAUUGAUGGGCACCAUUCUUCCCUUUCUUGUUCUGUGUUCAAUGAAUGUCCCUGGCUAAAGAAACUUAUUAAGACUGUUGAAUAGUGAGAGAAUUUACGAAUUCAUCAGUAGAGGGAAUAGCACUGCUUAUAAGUAGAAAAGUUUGUUCACUGCUAAGAGUAAUGUUUAAUGAGUAGUGUUUGACUUAUUUCUCAUUUUUUGCAUAACCAUAAGGGUAUGUUGAAAAAAGGGAAAUUAUACAUAGAUGUCUUUGAUGCUUAUCCAGGAUACUAUUUAAGGAUAAAUACUUCUUGUUGUCUUUCAAUUUUGGCUGUGAAUGUGGAAGUCAUCUAGUGUCAUGGUCCUGGAGACGAAUAAUUAAUCCAACUGGUUUUUUUUAAUGAGAAGGAUUGUCCCAUUUAUUAACUGUUUUAUUUUGUUUUUAAUUCUUGAGGGGUGGUUGGGGGGGGGGGGAAUUAAUUUCUGGUGGGUGCUGCUGUGUUUAUUUUGAAUUGUCAUGUUAUUUUACUUGGUUUUAUGUGAUAUCAGUUUUGUACAGAUUACUAGUCUGUGAUGAAUUUUUUACACAAUGAUUUGGAAUUUGAAUUUGCUGCUUUUUCAUGUGCACUAUUUGUUCAGAUCCGGUUGGGUUUUUUGUUUUUUUUGCAACUGUUUUACAUGCUCAUAGUGCGCUCUGUUUUGAAUGUAAUAUAAAAAUCCUUUACAUGUCAAAA